AUGGCGCCCGUACCUCCACGUCCUCGUACGCCCCUUCGGCGCCUCUCACAAGGAUCUUUACGCGCACUGUCGCGCUCAGGUUCUUUUCCCGACGCGCCUGCAGGCCUUGGUUUCCUGGAACCGGCCAUGGCUGAACUGGCAGAUGAGACAGAGGCGUUGAACGGCAACCUUGCAGGCCUGCACGCGUUGAGCAACUCCCUGCAAGCAUUCAAUGACAGCUUCGCCAGUUAUUUGUAUGUAAUGGAAAUGAACGCGUUGACAACCGACUGGCCACAGGCUCCAACUGAGUCGUCAUACGAAUUGGCUAGAAAACGUGCAGAGGACGACGCACGAGCGGCACAAGCUGCCUUGCGUGCUGCAGCUGAGGCAGCGGAAGCAGCAGAACGAGCUGCUGCCGAGGAAGCACAGCUUGCUAACGAUACCACCGUCGUUAGCACAUCCACAGCUCCUGGGACGAAAUCCAAGGUGCCUCAAAGCAUUCUCAAGAACACGGCUGCACAGCCCAAGAAGAAAGUAAAGCCGAAGAUGACGCCCAAAGAGAGGCGUGAACGCAGCCUUGCUAUCGACAAAGUUGUGUCGAACCUUCCUCUUGAGUAUAGAGGACAGGAUCCAAAUCUCAGACGAAGCGUCGAAUCUGUAAUCGAACUAUUAAUGGAUAAUCCUGGCGGUUUAGAGAUGUUGCACUUCGUCAAACCUCCCGAGAUAAACCAGGCACGAGCUAACAAAUGUCUUCUGGCAUUAAUGAACAGAAAGAUGGUGUCUAAGGAUAAUAGUUCUGGCCGAAUAUUAUACAUGUGGCAUGGUUUGCCUAGUUGAAUUAUGACAUCUAUCCACUAGAUGAGAUCCUCAAUAUCGGGGAAGACACGCCACCAAUUAACCCGGGAAAGCAGAAGAAUUCUACACGGUGUCCCGGUGGAGCAGUUAGCUCCUUGUUCCCUGCAUUCUAGACAGAACAGCUGAUCAACUCACUGCUAUUCACAAACAAAAGAUAGUGGACAAGCACUCCC